GAAUAUUUGUCGAAAUGCUGUGAUUUUAUUCAUCUUAGGUACAGUGGGAAAAGGUGGUCGCUAAAGGAGUUGUGUUAUACGCGGAGAUUGUAUUUGAAUAUAUAUAUUGGUGUUAUGGCCUUAAACAUGCAAAGGUAACUUGAUAUAGGGAGGGCAGUUGAGUAUGUCUACCACCAAACCUCACACUGUCCCGGUCAUAUUGCAUUCAAAUAUCUCCGGAUGUGGUCCAAGUAAAGUGCCUUUUUACAACCUCAACGUUAAUAACGUAGAUAUGGUGUUACCUACAUCUCGGUCAUCAAUGUCAAUGUCUCCCUCAACAUCGAUUUCAGCGACGAUACUGUCAUCUACGGUCUCGUCUGCGUUACGGGUAGGGCCUACAGAAAACACAACUUCCGCCCAGAAUAUGACAGAAGUGACGCUCCCUAGAGAAAUGACGUUCAACGACGACAGUGUGAUGUCCGUCAUCGCAUAUUCUUGUCUUUUUGUCGUCGCAGCUUCGGGAAAUUUGAUAGUAUUUAUUACGCUGUUUAGGAGUCGUAGAAUCAAGUCCCGAGUAAAUACUUUCAUCAUGCACCUCUCCAUCGCCGACCUCAUCGUUGCCUUCAUCAUGCUGCCCCUUGAGACAGGUUGGCAUAUAACGGUCCGUUGGGAGGCUGGGGAUGCGGCCUGUCGGAUUUUAAUGUUCUUUCGAGCUCUUGGAUUUUACUUAUCAUCGUUUGUGCUAGUAACAAUAAGUCUGGAUAGAUACUUCUCCAUUGUUCAUCCAAUGAGUAUCCACGACGCCGAAAGGAGGGGCAAGAUCAUGUUGACAUUGGCCUGGCUUCUAAGUGCCGUAGCCAGCCUUCCUCAGGGUGUCAUAUUCCAUGUGGAGAAUCAUCCUGUGUUUCAGUGGUACACACAGUGCGUCACAUUCAACUUUUUCCCAACUCCAAAGCACGAGCUUGCCUAUAACCUGUUCAACGUCAUCACAGUUUAUGCUCUUCCAUUACUCAUCAUCACCACGUCAUAUUCCAUGAUUCUCUACAAAAUAUCGAAAAAGGCUAAACAAGCUAAAGAUGACUGUUUAGAGUUUGGUGCCCAUAAGUAUCGAUGUCACGGCUACCCGCCUGGAAAAGGAAUUGUGUCUUGUGCGAGGGCAGGCAAAAUAGGCAAGGCAAGGAUACGCACUCUGAAAAUGACAUUAGUAAUAGUGACAGUUUUCGUUCUUUGCUGGACGCCUUAUUUCUUCAUGGCGGCUUGGUGGUGGAUUGACAAGCAGUCGGCUGUUAAUAUCGACCCGAAAGUUCAAAGAGGAUUAUUCAUCUUUGCUGUUUCAAACGCCUGUAUUGAUCCUAUAGUGUAUGGAAUGUUUACAACAGCGUUCAGACGAGAGGCAAGAAAAUGGAGGGGAUGGUUCAAACAGAGGCUCAACAAAAUGGGAUUGUACACUAUGACGCCAAACACAGCGAUAGAACAGGAGAAUUUCAAGUAGUAUACACCUCUCCUGGCUCUAUCAUAUAUAUGAACAUGUAUUGGCGAACGUUACUAAGUACUAACCCUUGUUAACAUUGAGGGGGAUUAAAUGGAGCACUAUGAGGGGAAUACAGAAGUUUCGCAAAGUUAAAUGCAUAUUGUCCAGAAUGAAUGAUUUUCUUGUGUGGAUGUAAAAUUGAUCACGGGUUGUUGUAAACAGAUUAAUUUAUUAAAACAGAAAUGUUGGGAGUGGUGUGUGAUAGAUAUAUUUUGAUAAAACAUGAGACACGAACAUUACUUGUACGAUGGUAUUAAGAGAGGUGCUCUCAUUGCUGUUUAAAACUGGAAAGCUGUGAUAUGAGGUUGUACAUUUACAUUAUUAUGUUGUAUGAUUAUUUUCUUAAACACGUUAUGUAAUCACUAUAUUCAUUUAAGCAAUGAACAGUGGUUUUAAUGUUGUUAUAGUUGAUAUAUACAUCUUGCUGCC